CAGGAUAAUUAACAAAAUAAAAAUAAAAAUAGAAAAUAAAAACUUGUUCAUGGAACAAACAAACUAUACCCUAGUCGAGAGAUGGGAUUGUUGUCUAGCUAUUAAUGAGUUGAAUCCAGCGUGACUUGCUAGCUAUUCAGUUUGUUUAAUAGGUCCGUUGAAAUUACUUGUACAUCUAUGAAAUCAGUUAUAUACAUGUCAUUAUUAUUAUGAAGAUUUGUUAGUAAACUUUGGUCAAAAUUGGCUAUGCCCUGAGUUAUGUAUUACGGUAUAUAUUAUUAUUAUUAUUUAUUUAUUAUUGUUAUUAAUCAAUUCCCGAUUUAAAGAAUGCUUUUGUGUAUCCCGAAAAUGAAUCGUAUGUAUUUAUGCAUCCACUUCAAAAUAAUACUCUCCAAAAAAGUUUUUAAGUGUAUAUUAAAGCAGACCUGAAUCUUAAUUCAAGUCUCCGUUGGACGUCUAUGCCAAUUUCCGCCGCACCAAUGGCCAUCAUCACUGAAGAAGAUCCUGAUUCCCCAGUCCCCCCGCCCCAACUCCGCCACCGCAAGCCCACCGCCGACCCCCAACCUCCGCCACCAACUUCGAAUUCCAAUUCCAAUUCCGAUUCGAAUCCGAAUUCCCCCAAUUCCACGAAUCCAUUCCACUUCUGGCUCUACUUCAUCCUCGCCGUCUCCGCCGUCGUCCUAUUUUCCGUCCUCCUCUCCUCCCUAUCCUCGCCGGACCCCCGCACCUGGUUCCUCAACCUCCCGCCCAAUCUCCGCCACCAUUACUCCACCGGCCGCACCAUCAAGGUCCAGACCGCUCCCAAUCGCCCCCAAAUCGAGCUCUUCUCCAUCCAGAACGGCAACGCCGAUUCCGACAGCCGCGUCCUCAUUAUUCACGGCCUAGGCUGCAGCUCCUUCGCGUUCCGGCACUUAAUCCAAUUUCUAGGGCACAGAAAUGCGUUCGCGGUCGCGAUCGAUCUCCCAGGCUCCGGAUUCUCCGACGCCGCCGUAGCGGCGGCCGAAGACGCUGCCGAGGGCGGCGUAGGGCCGCUGGAGACUCUCCGGCAGGUGUAUGAAGACAUUAAGGAGAAAGGAUUGUUUUGGGGAUUCGAUCAGCUCGUCGAGCAAGGCUACAUCGAUUUAGAGGCUGCGGCGGCGCCGAAGAGAGCCGCCGUGAGGCCGAUCGAAUUCGGCGCCGAGGAGAUGGGGAGGCUGCUAGGGCAGGUCGUGGAGACAUUCCGGCUAUCGCCGGUGGAUUUGGUGGUGCACGAUUCUGCUCUAGGGCUGAGCUCCGGCUGGAUUUCUGACAAUCCUGGAUUGAUUAGAAGUCUCGUGGUGCUCGACGCCGCCGCUGGCCGGCCGGCAUUUCCGGCUUGGGUGGUGGCAGCACCGAUAGUGAGGGAGGCCAUGUUGGGGAUCGAAUUCAUGUUCGAGAGGGUACUUGCAUUGUGUUGUGUGAGGGAGGUCGGGAGGGAGGAGGCGGAGGCUCACCGGAUUUUGUUGAAGGGGAGGGACGGCGGGUGGGCGGUUGCCGGAAUGGGGAAGAAAUUGAACGGUAGUUUCGAUUUGUCGGAAUGGGGGAGUUCGGAGAGCGUCAAGGGGUUGCCGGUACGAGUGAUUUGGUCAGGUGGAUGGUCGGAUGAAUGGAUUGAGGAAGGUCGGAAAGUCGCCGGAAUCCUUUCAAAAGGUAGUUUUGUGACACAUUCCGGCGGGCGAUGGAUGGAGGAGCGAAACUCCGAGGAGGUAGCGGAGAGUAUUCACGAGUUUGUAUCUUCUUUACCGAAGCCUACGAGGCAAGUUCUAGAAGAACCUCAGCCCGAAAACAACCACCGGGAGAUGUUUAGUGAAGAUCGUGGCACCGGCCACCACCACCACCACCACGGCGGCGGCGGAGGAUACAUGGAUGAUGCGUAUGGGAGUAUGGAUCAUGGAUGGGGCAUGUGAUUUUUCCUUAAAAUUAUUGAUUGAGAGUUGCUGAGUUGAGCGGAUAUUUAUUACUGCUUUCUUGAUGGUUGUUACUGUAGAGUAGAGAACUAUUGUAGCUAAACGUUGUGUUGUUUUCGUGCAACCUCUUUUUUAUUUAUAAUACAUAUAUUUAGUUUGAGCUGGAA